AUGAGUAAAUCUAAAACCAAAACAGACCCACUUCAAAUUAUUGUUGAUGAAGGAAACACAAUUAAAUUUUAUGGAGCAAAAAAUAAAAAUGGCUUGUUCAGUAACUUUUAUAUAUCUCCUAUUAAGCUCAAAGGUAAGAUAUGGCAAACUACAGAGCAUUAUUUUCAAGCACAGAAGUUUGCUGGAACUGUCAAAGAAGAAUAGGUAAGAAAUGCUUCAGGUCCAGGAAUAGCCUUUAGACUUGGUAGAAAAAAAAGCAAUGAUUACCCACUUAGAAGUGAUUGGUUAAAAGUGAAAGAUGAUGUCAUGUAUGAAGCUAUUAAAGCUAAAUUUACCUAACAUGAUAAUCUCAAAAAAAUUUUGCUGUCAACAAAAAAUCAUAAACUUAUAGAGCAUACAAAAAGAGAUGCUUAUUGGGGUGAUGGUGGAGAUGGUAAAGGUAAGAACAUGUUAGGUAUACUAUUGAUGAAAUUGAGGAAAGAACUUUCAGAAGAAAUCAAAAAAGAAGAAAAGUGA